AGGGUUUGAGUUGAGUUACCUGUGCAAACUCUCUGAGGUGAGAGACACUCACGGCCGACAGCCUCUCCUGCAUCACGUGUGUGUGUUACUGCUCCAGAUGUACCCACAAUCCUCUGAUCUCUACUCUGACAUCACUGCAGUCACAAAAGCCAGCAAGUGUGACUAUACGCAAGUUCAGCUGAAUCUCUGCCAGCUCGAGGUCCUUUGCAAAGCAUCAUGGGAUCAACUCCGACUUCUUGAGAAGGAUGGAAAGAAGAGGAAAGGUGGAGGAAGGAAAGAUGGAUGUGUGGAAGAGGCAUCAUCCCUCCAUCAACAGCUCCACCAAUUUCUGAAAGACUGCGAGGAAAGACUGAAGGUGCUGCGAGCUGUUUACCGCAGAGUCAUCAACAGAUUCCACUCGUUCCUGCUGUUCCUGGGUUACUCGCGCUCCAUGGUGAGAGAAACCAGUGCAGAGGCGUUUUGUAAGACCGUCAGCGACUUCGCUCUGGAAUACAGAGCCACUCGCAGUGCUAUCCUCCAACAGAGGGAGAAGGAGAAAGAAAAGGAAAAAGGGAGGAAGAAAGACAGCCAAAGCACACCUGAAUUCAAAAUCAAACUCCAGCAAAGUCCAUCUGAUGAGAAUCAAGAGCAGGUGAAGCUUGAGGAGGUUUUGAAGACUCCUGAUUCUUCAUCAUCCUCAUCUUUCCACUUUGACUUCACUCUUCCACGACAACGCAGCAAGUCGAGCGACAAGAAAGGUUUUCACUCAUCCCGAAGGCUGAAGUGGUGAACACCAUGCCGUCCACAUGCCCACAAAAGGGUUGAUGUUUGAGCUUGUCGUCCAUUUUAUAUUGUUCAGUAUGAGAUAAAACUUGAAUUAUUGUUAUUUGAAGGGUACUUUAUGUAGCAUUUUUACAGUUUUAGUACAUUAAUGGUACUGUGCUGUAAACUACAACACUCUGUUUUUAGCCAUUUUACUUGUCAUCAUUUCUCGUAACUAUGAUUUUGAUGAAAGCAUUAGCAUAACAGAUUUGUUUGGAAAAUGUGCUUAGCUGUUUAGUCAAGUCAAAUAAAUGUGUUUAUUCAAACAACCCACAUGAAGAUAUGCUUAAGUAAAUAAUGUUAAAUGAUGUGUUUGCUAGUGUAAGAACUGGUACAUCAGUUAAACUUUAUUUUUUAACUACAGUAUUAUAAUAUAAAAGAAAACUACCUUAUUUUGGUUUAUAU